GUGGUUAAAAUCUCUUGAUUCAAGAGAAUGUCCUUGAUAAUAUAUGUCAACAUCAAGACCAUUGGAGGGUGGUCCCGUACUCGGCAUUUUUACCAAAUAAGUUUUCAUCUUCAUCAUUAUCAUAUAUUUCAUACAUAUACAUAUGAAAGUAUGAAAGCCAUCAGUAGAAGGAGCAAUAAAAUCAGUGAAAAGUGACCAACAAGUCGCCGAUACUUAUGGAAUCCAAAGAGGCGAGAGUAUGGUCAUUUCUCGUCAAGUCACUCCCGUAACAACAUCUCUGAGUGUGCACAUUUGCUUUUUACCUGCGUUAUACUUGCGUUUCAACGUUCAAACAGUGUAAUUAUAAUUGUAUAAUCGAGUCAGAAACAAUGGAUAAAGAACCGAUCGUAUUUUCGUAUUUAGAGGAUAAAACGGGAGAAAAGUUAGAUAAGAUGUACGGAUUUAAGCCUUCUUUCCUCAAAGUGCAACCUAGCUGCUGCUUAUUGCCACCGCAAUUUGUCUUCAAUGCGCAAAAGAUACGCAAUGUGAAAGUGUAUGAAGAUGAUAUUUGGAUGGUCUCAUUUCCUCGAACUGGCAGCCAUUGGAUGCAAGAAAUGAUAUGGUGUAUUGGAAAUGAUUUUGAUUAUGCAAAAAGUCGCACUUUGCACUUUGUCGAACGAUGUCCUCUGCUCGAAACUUCAUCUAUCUUAAUUGGCGAGCAAUUCAAAACUUCGUUAGCAAAAUUAGGCGACGACCCAUUUGAGUACGUGAUAAAUAAGUCAAGACCGCGAUAUAUUAAAACGCACUUACCUUGGACUCUAUUGCCAAAAGAGCUUAGCGAGAAGAAGCCAAAGAUAAUUUACGUCACGAGAAAUCCGAAGGACACAUGCGUUAGUUAUUAUCACUACUGUAAAACGUUUCAUAAUAUGCAAGGAAGCUUCGACGAGUUUGCAGAGUUAAUGUUACAAGAUAACGUUCCCAUGGCUCCAUUUUGGAAACAUGUUUUGCCAUUUUGGAAGAUGAGAGAUCAGGAAAACGUAUUAUUCCUUACAUACAAAGAAAUGAAACAGAAUCAAGCUGCGACAAUUAAGAAAACUGCAGCAUUUUUAGGCAAGAACGUGACGGAUGAACAAAUCGCCAAACUAUGUGAACACUUGACAUUUUCGAAGAUGGCCGCAAAUCCGUCGGUGAAUUUUGAGUUUAUGUUAUCAGAUGAAAACCGGCAAGAAGAUCCAAAUUACAAGUUUAUUAGGAAAGGAAAAAUUGGCGACUGGAUAAACUAUAUGUCGGAGGAUUUGUCACAACGUUUCGACAAAUGGACCGAGGAGAAUUUGCGCGGAACAGGUCUGCAAUUUUGUACGAAUGUUGUAGAUGACGAAGAAUAAAUAAUUAUGACGAUCAUGCGAUACUGCAAUAUUAUAAACACGGUAUGCUAAAAUACACUCUAGCUAGACGGUUGAGUUUUUGACAACAAUUUUUAUAUCAAAUGUACGUUGUUAUUAAUUGUGUGAUGCAAGCAAUAAUGCAUUUACCAUAUCUAUUAAUACUAUUCUAUAUCUUGUUAAUAAUAUUUGUUAUUUCGAAUAGUUAAAAUUAAUAAUAUUCUAUCAACUAAUAUAUUUGCUAUAUUAUAGUUAUUUUGUGUGAACAUACUAAAUGCAAAUAUGGGAUGUUAUUGCAGAAAAUUAUAUUUACUACACUAUUAUAAGAGAUAUUUACACUAUUCUUAUAAUAAUAAGAGAUUUUUAUUGACAAAAUAAACUAUGAUAC